AUGAAAUUUUUAGGCGAAAAGAGAUCUCUUUUUUGGUGGAGAUCUUUCAAAGAGGCGACGCCCACACAAAAAAAAGACGACGACGACUUUGAACGGGACGACUUUUACGAUGACGACGACGACGACGACGAGGAGGAAUAUUCUUCAUCGGGGGACCUCCUCCACCUCUCGUCGUCCUCAGACUUCGAAGUCCUCCUCUAUAAGGGGGGAAAAUCAUCAUCAUCGUGGGGAAAAGAGAAGACGACGUUGGUGUUUGAUUUAGACGGCGUUUUGUACCCAGCCUCGAACGGUUACUUGGAGAACGUGCGAGACAAUCAGCGAAAAUUUUUAACCGAGAAGUUUAAUUUAAGUUUAGAAGACGCGAGACGCGUGCGGAAAGAGGCGUUCGAGAAACACAAUCAGACGUUGAAAGGAUUGCGGAGUUUAGGAUACGCGGUGGAACACGACGAGUUUACGGAGUACGUGCGCAAAGGAUACGACGAGUAUCUCUCGUGCGAUCUAAGAGUGAACAAAACGCUCGAACGACUGAAACUGGCGUGUUCGAAGAGGAAAGGCAAGAUGGUGUUGAUGACGAAUACGGCGGAAAAGCAAGCGAGGAAGUGUUUAGGCGCGUUGAACAUCGACGAAAAGUUAUUCGAAGAUGGCAUAUACGGGAGUUCUUUUAUGGGUGACAACGCGAAACCGAUGCCUGAAGCAUUCGAGAUGGUGUGUGAAGAUAUAGGAGUCUCGCCGAAAGAAUGCGUCAUGUUUGAGGAUUCGUUUAAGAACUUGAAAACGUGCGUAGCUUUAGGCAUGGGGGGCGUUUUCGUCGCCGGGGAGACGUUGGAGAUGGAACUUGCGAUAAGGGCGAGUUAA